AUGGCUACAUCCAACAAGAGCUAUCCUGUAGAAAUUCGUGAUAUCGAACCUGAACAAGUUGAAAAAUGGAAGAAAUCUUUCCGAAUAACAAUGAAUCCAUUCACACUGCGUUUUGGGCCCAAAGGUUACCUCUUCCCUAGAGAGUUUGAGAACGUUGGUAAAGAGAUAUACAACAUGGACGUUAGACCGAAUGAUACCUUUGUUGUAACUUUUCCUAAGUCAGGUACAACAUGGACACAGGAACUGGUUUGGCUUAUUUUAAACAACUUUGAUUAUGAAAAGGCAUCGGAAACCCCACUGACCAUAAGAUAUCCUUUUUUGGAAACUGAGAUGUUUUUUAAUCAAAAUCAUAAAUCAAUGCCAGGCAUGUUAAACGCUGAUAAUAUUAAAAAAACGAUGGAGAAAAACAUGCCACCAGUGCGAGAAAUUCUGAAUAUGGCUUCUCCGAGAUAUAUCAAAUCACAUCUGCCAUUAUCUCUUCUACCACCCAAGCUGUUGGACACUUGUAAGGUUUUUUACGUAGCUCGAGACCCCCGUGAUGUAGUCGUGUCAUUUUAUCAUCAUAAAAAAUUUUUGAACGUACUCCAAGAUGGCGUGGACUUCAAGGCUUUUUGGGAACUAUUUAUUAUUGAUUUGCUUCCCUGGGCGCCAUUCUUUGAACACGUUAAAGAAGCGUGGCGAAUGAGGAACCAUCCUAACAUGCUCUUUUUGUUUUACGAAGACCUUUCUAAGGAUCUGCGAGCAUGCGUACGUCGCAUUGCCAAAUUUCUUGACAAAGAGAUAACUGAGGAACAGAUAGGAAAAUUAUGCGAGCACGUUAACAUUGAUAACUUCAAGAAAAACAAAUCCGUCAAUUUCGAUAAUUUGAAAGGUACUGGAUUAUUAAAUGAAAAGGAGAGUUUUAUUAGAAAAGGUAAAGUUGGCGGUUGGCGAGACUAUUUUGAUGAAGAGAUGACGGAACAGGCACAACGAUGGAUAGAGGAGAACUUGCGUGAUACCGACUUGCGUUUUCCUCAAUAA